UGCGAUCGUAAUGAACAAUGUGGGCAAAGUACGUGUAAACAACAGAAAAGACAAUGAAUAUUAUUAUUAAAUGGAAUAAAUUUGAUUCGCACACCUGCCCUCUGGUCUCCGGUCCUUUACCUUCUUCUUGAUCUUGGCAUUGUUUUCUCCAUGAUUGGAGUACUAAACUCCAUUAACCUCUCACAGUCACACUGCGUCGUCGUUUCGCUUCUUUUCCCACAUUUUCUUCCCUUUUUUCUCUCUCUCUCGAACCCGUUUGUAUAUAUAACCAAUAGCAGAGCAUCCAACUGCAUCACAGAAGAUGCCGAGCCCUGUUUUGAAAGCUGGAAGCAGACCGCCAUGGGUGGGUUUGGGAGCUGCAGUUUGGGCCCAAAUUGCUGCUGGAAACGCCUAUAACUUCCCACUCUAUUCCCCUAUGCUGAAAUCCGUACUGGGUUUGAGUCAGCAGGAGCUGACGAUACUUGGAGUGGCCAGUGACAUUGGAGAGAGUGUGGGUUUUCUUCCUGGAAUUGCCUGCAACAAGUUCCCUCCUUGGGCUGUCCUUUUGGUUGGUUGUGUGUUUUGCUUCUUGGGUUAUGGUGUUCUCUGGCUUGCUGUUAGCCAAACUAUUGCCAGCAUGCCUUUUGUUGUGUUAUGCAUCACACUUUGCAUUGCCACAAAUAGCAAUGCUUGGAUAGGCACAGCUGUGCUUGUAACCAACAUGAGGAACUUCCCUCUCAGUAGAGGCACUGUUGCUGGCAUUCUCAAAGGCUAUAUCGGGCUUAGCGCUGCAGUUUAUACAGUGGUAUACAGUGUGGUGCUUAAGGAAUCUGCUUUGAAUCUGUUGUUGUUCCUCGCUCUUGGGAUUCCUGUUUUGUGUUUAGCCUUGAUGUACUUUAUUCGUCCAUGUACUCCAGCUUCUGGAGAAGAUUCUUCGGAGCAUGUCCAUUUUCUCUUCACCAUAACUGUCAGUGUUUUGCUUGCAAUCUAUCUUCUCACAGUCACAGUAGUAAAUGAGAUAGUAACUCUUAGUGAUGCUGUUUCCUACAUUUUGGUUGCGAUAAUGGUUAUCCUUCUGCUUUCUCCCCUUGCAAUUCCGUUGAAGAUGACAUUAUUUCCUGCAAGGGCACGAGCUGAAUCUUCGGACCAUCUUGCUCUAGGAGAAGGCAAUGCAACCCAAGCAGAUCCUUUGUUGACACCAUCCUCAUCAGCUACAUACCUUGGAAGUUUUCAUGAGGCUGAGGAUUCUUCAGAUGUCGAAACACUUCUUGCUAUUGGGGAGGGGGCAGUGAAGAAGAAAAGGAGGCCUAAGAGGGGAGAGGAUUUCAAGUUUCAUGAAGCUUUUAUAAAGGCGGAUUUUUGGCUUCUUUGGUUUGUAUAUUUUCUUGGGGUCGGUUCAGGAGUAACAGUACUCAAUAAUUUGAGCCAGAUUGGGAUUGCAUUAGGCGCUAGUGAUACAACAAUACUGUUGUCUCUCUUUAGCUUUUGCAAUUUUGUUGGUCGUCUGGGUUCUGGUGCUGUUUCUGAACACUUUCUCAGAACAAAAACAAUUCCUCGCACAUUUUGGAUGGCAUGUGCACACGUACUUAUGAUUGUAUCAUUUGUUUUAUAUGCGUUAGCUCUCAGUGGUACUCUCUAUGUUGCCACUGCUCUGUUUGGUAUCUGCUAUGGGACUCAGUAUUCAAUAAUGGUUCCAACUUCCUCUGAACUUUUCGGCUUGAAACAUUUUGGUGUAAAUUACAGCUUCAUGGGACUUGGCAAUCCUAUUGGUGCAAUACUUUUCUCAGUUCUACUAGCUGGUAAUGUAUAUGAUGCUGAAGCUGCAAAGCAAGGAGGGUCCACCUGCAUAGGUUCUAGUUGUUUCAGGCUUACAUUUCUAGUUUUAGCCGGCGCCUGUGGUUUGGGGACAAUCUUGAGCAUAAUUUUGACUAUUAGAGUACGACCGGUUUACCAAAUGCUUUAUGCUGGGGGUUCUUUCCGUCUGCCUCAAAGUUCAAGCCACUAAUGAUUGGAGAUGUUAUUAUCUGUUAACAUCAAUCCAUACAGGUUUGUGGAAGCAUGCUCCAAUAAAUUUAUUCAGAUGACUAGGGAAUAUUUGCGGCUUCAGUCUGCUAUAUUAUAGAUACUGCCAUUGCUGAGAUUUGAGCUAUGAGUUGCCCCCGAAGUUGGCCUUUGUUGGCUGUGUGCAAAUGGCAGAUUAAAGAAGUGUCAUUUAGUUUCUUUUGUAACUAGUAUAUAAACCAAAGUCUAUGGGGUAUGAUUUUGAUUUUGAUGUGUAAUUGGAAUUGAUAUAUGUAAUGUUUCCAAUGAGCUAAGAAUAAAUUCUCUUCAGAAGUAUUCAGGCAGGAUUUGCGGAUGA